GCAUGGCGGGGGUUAAGGGAGAGCGGCCAUUUUGAGCAGAGCCCGGAACGGAGCCCCGAUGGCCGGGCAACGGCGACCCUGCGGCCGGGAUUGAGCGCGACAUGGAUGUGCGGAGGCUGCGCGUUAGUGAGCUGAAGGAGGAGCUCGGCCGCCGCGGCCUCGACACCCGCGGGCUCAAGGCCGAACUGGCCGGGAGGCUGCAUGCGGCGCUAGAAGCCGAGCAGGCCCGAGGAGCGUCAGGCUCGGGUUCGGGUUCGGGCUCGGGCUCGGACGGAGAGCCGCUCUCUGACGGACACUAUGGCAUCCGUGACAACGUUCGUCAAGACAACAGGCAAGGAUAUCAGUCUUUUGAGCAUUUCAAUAUUAAACAGGAGAACGAAUUGGGUUACGAGCGGGGUCCUGUAAGCCAAGAUCGAUCAGCAACCAUUGCAACAUCUCCAUGGUCCUGUGAUCAAAAUUCAGAUGCUUGGCAACUGACUUACGACGGUCAAAUGAAGACGGAAGUAAAGGAAGAGGAGGCCGCUCCCAGCCACAACAUAUCGGCAUCUGGUUACAACGCACCCCCCUCUAACUACAGUUCUUCCGUUUCUGGCUACAACGCCUCGGCUUCCUCUUACAAUGCACCCUCCUCUGGGUAUAACCCUUCAGACUCAUAUCAGUCCUGGCAGCAGCAGCAGCAGCCACCACAGCAAGGCCAUAAGAGGACAUAUGAGGAGUCCAGGGGGCGCGGAUAUUAUGAAUACCGCGAGGAUAAAAGGGGUCGAUCUCCUCAGCCGCCUGCAGAAGACGAUGAGGACGAUUUUGAUGAGUCCCUGGUGGCCAUCGAUACAUAUAAUUGUGAUCUCCAUUUCAAAGUUGCCCGCGAUCGAUAUAGCGGAUACCCUCUGACCAUUGAAGGGUUUGCUUUCCUCUGGUCAGGCGCACGAGCCACGUACGGGGUGCGGCGUGGAAGGGUGUGCUACGAGAUGAAGAUCAACGAAGAGAUCUCCGUCAAACACCUUCCUCCCACUGAACCAGAUCCUCACGUAGUGCGUAUUGGCUGGUCACUGGAUUCAUGUAGCACUCAGUUAGGUGAAGAGGCUUUCUCCUACGGCUACGGAGGCACCGCGAAGAAAUCCACUAAUUGCAAGUUUGAAAAUUACGGCGAGACCUUUUCCGAGAACGACGUCAUCACUUGUCUCGUGGACUUCGAGUGCGGCGACGACGUUGAAAUGUCCUUCAUGAAGAACGGGAAGUGGCUAGGCACCGCCUAUCGACUCCGGAAGGAGAAUUUGGGAGGGCAGGCCCUGUUCCCUCACGUCCUGGCGAAGAACUGUGCCAUCGAGUUCAACUUCGGCCAAAGGGAAGACACCUUCUUUCCUGUCCCACCGGGAUUCACCUUCAUACAGCACCUCCCCCUGUCCGAGCGAGUUCGGGGUACAAUUGGACCAAAGAACAAAAGGGAAUGUGAAAUCUUGAUGAUGGUGGGGUUGCCUGCCGCUGGGAAGACGACGUGGGCCAUUAAGCAUGCCGCAGCGAAUCCAGCCAAGAAGUAUAAUAUUUUGGGAACAAACGCCAUUAUGGACAAAAUGAGGGUAAUGGGACUCCGACGGCAGCGCAAUUACGCCGGCCGCUGGGACGUUCUCAUCCAGCAAGCGACACAGUGCCUGAACCGCCUAAUCCAGAUUGCAGCCCGGAAGAAGCGGAAUUAUAUCCUGGAUCAGACAAAUGUUUAUGGAUCGGCCCAGAGGCGAAAAAUGCGUCCUUUUGAAGGUUUUCAACGCAAAGCCAUUGUAAUUUGUCCCACGGACGAUGAUUUAAAAGAUCGGACAAUAAAGCGCACGGAUGAAGAGGGGAAAGACGUGCCCGAUCACGCGGUGUUAGAAAUGAAAGCAAACUUUGCCCUGCCGGAAGCUGGCGAUUUUCUCGACUCGGUGGUUUACGUCGAGUUGCAGCGGGAAGAGGCGGAGAAGCUGGUGAGGCAGUACAACGAAGAAGGCAAGAAAGCCGGCCCGCCCCCCGAAAAGCGGUUCGACAGCUGGGGCGGCGGAGGGGGCGGCGGCGGUUUCCGUGGCCGAGGCGGCGGCGGAGGGUUUCAGCGCUAUGACAAUCGAGGCCCACCAAUGGGCAGUCGGGGCAGCUUCCAGAACCGAGGAGGAGGAGGUGGCGGCGGUGGUGGCGGCAGCGGCGGCAGUGGAGGAGGAGGAGGAGGAGGAGGCGGUUACAGAGGCAGUGGUGGAAGUGGCGGAGGAAUUGGAGUUGGCAGCGGCGGUGGAAGUGGAGGCUUCAACCGAGGCAGCUACAACCAAAACCGCUGGGGGAGUGGAAACCGAGACAACAAUAACAACACCCGAGGCAGCUACAGCCAGAACAACCAACAGCAGAGCAGCUACAGCCCGGCGCGUGACCAGAAUCCUUACAAGACCAGCAGCAUGGCUCCUGCUCCUGCUCCUGCUCCUGCUCCCCCUCCUCCGCCGCCUCCUCCAGCCCUGGGCCCUGCCACCAACCCCCCUCCGGUGUCGUACAAUCAAGGACCACAGCAAAGCUACAGCCAGCCGUACAGCCCCCCUUCCAGCUAUAGCCAAGCGGGCUACACUGCUCCCAGCUACAACUACGGAAGUUACGGCAGUUACAGCCAAAGUUACACCCAACCUCCUCCGCCGCCGCCAGCCCCAACCCCACCAGCCUACAGUCAGCCCAGCUACAACCAGUACCAACAGUACACCCAACAAUGGAAUCAAUACUAUCAAAACCAGAAUCAGUGGCCUCAGUACUACGGCAACUACGACUACGGGAGCUACACGGGCACCUCGCAGGGAGGCUCAAGCACACAGUGAUAGCUCGGGAGGGUGUUGUUUUCUUCUUCCCUCUCUCCCCCUCCCCAGGGAAAAGGAGCAGCACGUUCUUAACAGUGACGGGCAUUUCUGAAUCUUGAGAGAGAUCGAGAAGAGGGAAGUUGGGUUAUUUCCGCCCAAUUUCCCUUUCUAGAGUUCUUGAGGAUGGUUGGGUUUUUACUUGUACAGCUAGGCAUGUUAUGUCCUUUCUACCAUCCUUCAUGAGGAAAGUUACAUGGUUUCCUUGUCUCUCCUUGUUGAAGAUCAGUUUAGCUCCCCCUCACCUUUUCUUUUCUUUUUUCUUCUUUUAAGAUUUGUUUUAUUCCGUAAGAAGCUAGGGUCUUCAGCGUUCAUAAAAUUGUACUUUUUUUUUUUUUAGGCCAGGACCCAUCCAGGUAUCUAAACUUCCUAUCGUAGUUGGGGGGCAGCAUUGGAAGGGGCCUCCCAUAGGAUUUACCGCCAUUCUCUCCAGGGGUAUCCGCAGGGCGUGGUCCAGUUAAGAGAAGAGAGCGGUCACAGUGCACAUUAAAAAAAAAAAAGAUUUGGGUCAUUUUGUGGCCACCCUGUUUGUGGACCGCAUCCUGCAGACUCCCUCCCCAAUUCUCCCCUUUCCACCCCACCUCCACCCAAUCUGCUAGUGACCAUAAAUUCCACACCUUUUGGAAACUUCUUGCAGUUUGGUGUCACCUGUCUUUGAGGUGUUUUUAUCUGUCUCUCUCUUCUUCUUUUUUGCAAAUAACCAUUAAAACCGGAGGGGAGGAGAAAUGGCUAUCUAUCUUACAGUAAUUAUGAUUUUUUUAAAAUAAAAAAAAAAGAAAUAUUUUUUUUCUGUAACUUUUUACUGUGGGUCAGUAGCUGUUAAUAUUUUCAUCAAGAUAACAAUUCUGUUAGUUCAGUACAGGAGAGGAUUUAAAAAAAAAGGGGGGGAGAGAAUCAUCUUAAAUGUGUAACUUUUUAUACGACGUUUCAGUUUCUGUAACUCUGAACAUGCUUUGUGUUGAGUUGAAUUGUAACAGCUUUUUGUAUUUGGAGAAAAAAGAAUGAAUAUUGAACUUUAAA